GUCAAACGACUCGAAAAUUAAUAUAAUCGUCCGUUCCUUCGAUCGCGAAGUAUUACACGACGCCUCUUUUUCCCGCCAUUUCGUAAUAUUUGCAACAGAUAGUUAAAUGCAUUUGUUGUUUCAAACAUCAUACGUGGCACAGUCUACGUAUACGUGUCGCGAAUAAACAAAGGAUAUAUAGUUGAAUUUGACAGAUUUUACAAAGUAGUCGAAGACAAAGGGGAUUCGCGGAUAAAAUACUCACAAUUGUCUUGCCUAGGCGUAAUUGUACCGUAAUAGUUACAACGGCGAUCAGCAAGCCAGUGUGCGAAGCCGGUCGUUAUGUGUACGAAAGGAAAUCAAUGCUCACACCACGAACGACAGUGAUUGUGUGUAAAAAUGAAAUGGGGCAUUGGGUGAAAGUACUCUUGGCUUGGAGAAUGUUACAGAUGGUAUGGAUAUGGUGUUUGCUUGUGUCAGUGGGAGAUUUGACAUUGGCCCUUGACAAUGGUCUCGUGAAAACACCACCCAUGGGAUGGCUCGCUUGGGAACGAUUUAGGUGCAACACAGACUGCAAAAAUGAUCCUGAUAAUUGUAUCAGUGACCAGCUUUUUCGCACAAUGGCAGACAUUAUCGUAGCAGAAGGUUAUGCUGCAGUUGGCUAUGAGUAUGUUAAUAUCGAUGAUUGUUGGUUGGAAAAAGACAGAAGCCCUACCGGUCAACUUGUACCAGAUAGACAAAGAUUUCCAUAUGGCAUGAAAAGUCUUGCAAACUAUAUUCAUUCAAAAGAUCUUAAGUUUGGUAUUUAUGAAGAUUUUGGUAACUACACAUGUGCUGGUUACCCUGGAAUAUUGGGUUACUUAGAAACCGAUGCACUUACUUUUGCAUCUUGGGAUGUAGAUUAUGUAAAAAUAGAUGGAUGUUACUCGCAGCCAUCCGAGAUGGAUAAAGGAUAUCCUGAAUUUGGAUUCUACUUGAACCAAACAGGUCGACCUAUGGUCUAUUCUUGUAGUUGGCCAGUCUAUCAAAUUUAUGCUGGUAUACAGCCAAACUAUACUUCGAUAAGUGAUAACUGUAAUCUUUGGAGAAACUUUGAUGACAUACAAGAUUCCUUGAAUAGCUUAGAAACAAUCAUAGAUUAUUAUGGUAACAAUCAAGACGUGAUUGUUCCGAUUGCUGGACCCGGACAUUGGAACGAUCCCGAUAUGUUGAUCGUCGGCAAUUUCGGGCUCAGUUAUGAACAGAGCAAAACACAAAUGGCAUUGUGGGCUAUAUUAGCUGCACCUCUAUUGAUGUCCGUCGAUCUACGAACAAUUAGACCCGAAUACAAAGCUAUUUUACAAAAUAGGAAAAUUAUCGCUGUGGAUCAAGAUCCGUUAGGCAUACAGGGUCGACGCAUUUACAAACAUAAAGGCAUUGAAAUCUGGGCGAGGCCGAUAACUCCCGUCUAUCAGAAUUACUACUCUUACGCCAUAGCGUUCAUAAAUAGGAGAACGGACGGUACACCUUCCGAUGUGUCUGUUACAUUGAAAGAACUUGGAUUGCAGUAUCCUGGAGGAUACAGUGUAGAGGAUCUAUACGAAGAUGUAAACUACGGCGUCUUAACAGCGCAAACGAAAAUAAAAGUUAAAGUGAACCCAUCCGGAGUCGUGAUACUGCGAUGUGAUUUGUAUUUAGAAGAUAUUUACGACACGAAUCAAUUUCCGCAAUUCACCCCGUCGAAUCAGCUCUUCAAAGUCAGACAAAAUUCGUUCAAGUAACACGAAUUAAACAUUAACAAAUUUUUAACUGUAGUUUACCAUUUUUUUUUAUAAUACUUGACAACACGAUGUUACCAUACUUUGUUAAGAAAGUAGGAAAUAAAGAAUUUUAU